CCUGCCAGGCGGGCCCUGGAACUGAGCCUGGCUCUGGUGAAUAGCUCCAACGUGCGAGCCAUGACACAGGAGCUGCAGGGUUUUCUGGAGUCCUGCCCCCCUGAUCUACAGGCCGACUGUGCCUCAGGCAUCCUGCUGGCAGCAGAGAGGUUUGCCCCAACCAAGCGGUGGCACAUAGACACCACCCUACGUGUGCUGAUGACGGCAGGCACCCAUGUGCGCGAUGACGCAGUGGCCAACCUGACCCAGCUGAUUGGGGGUGCCCAGGAGCUCCAUGCCUACUCUGUGCGCCGUCUCUACAGCGCCCUGACUGAGGACAUCUCCCAGCAACCGCUGGUGCAGGUGGCAGCCUGGUGCAUCGGGGAAUACGGGGACCUCCUGCUGGAAGGUAGCUGUGAGGAAACUGAGCCCUUGCAGGUGGAGGAAGAGGAGGUGUUGGCACUGCUGGAAAGGGUGCUGCAGUCCCAUAUGUCCCUGCCGGCCACCCGAGGAUAUGCCCUCACAGCCCUCGUGAAGCUCAGCACCCGGCUCCGUGGGGACAACAACCGCAUCCGCCAGGUUGUGUCCAUCUACGGGAGCUGCCUGGACGUGGAGUUGCAGCAGCGGGCGGUGGAGUAUAACACCCUCUUCCGGAAGUAUGACCACAUGAGGGCUGCCAUCCUGGAAAAGAUACCUCUCGUGGAGCGAGGUGGCUCUCAGGUUGAUGAGGAAGCAAAGGAAAGCAAAGAAACAGCCCAGCUUUCGGAAGCAGCCCCUGUCCCCACAGAACCCCAGGCCUCAAAGCUCUUGGAUCUGUUACAUCUCCUGGAUGGCCCUUCUGGGGACGCCCAGCACCCUCCCCCUCUGGAUCCCACCCCAGGAGGCGCUUUGAUACACCUCCUCAACCUUCCCUGUGCUCCUCCACCCCCUGCUCCCAUCCCAAAUCUCAAAGUGUUUGAGCGCGAAGGAUUACAGCUGAAUCUUUCUUUCGUUCGACCCCCUGGAACCCCUACUUUGCUGUUAAUCACUGUCACUGCCACCAACACCUCAGGGGGUGAUGUCACCCACUUCAUCUGCCAGGCCGCUGUGCCCAAGAGUUUCCAGCUGCAGCUACAGGCUCCCAGUGGGGACACAGUUCCAGCUCAGGGUGGCCUUCCGAUGACCCAGCUCCUCAGAAUCCUCAAUCCCAAGAAGGCCCCCUUGCGGCUGAAGCUGCGCCUCACCUACAACCACUUUGGCCAGUCGGUGCAGGAAACUUUUGAGGUGAACAACUUGCCUGUGGAGACAUGGCAGUAACUCGGCCUCCACUCACAGCCUGA